GCGCCUGCAGCGCGGACGCGGACGAGCGCGAGGCCUACUGCUCCAGCGAAUUCGCAGCCGUGAACGGAAUCGUGCACGACGUGGACGUGUUGGGCGCGGGCAUGCGUCUGGUGACUCUUCUGGUGGACCCCGACGGACUGUAUAAGAUGAGCCGCCUGUACAUCACUCCCGACGGCUUUUUCUUCCGCGUGCAUAUACUAGCCCUGGACUCCUCCAGUUGCCAUAAGCCGUGUCCAGAAUUUAAACCCGGAAGCAGGUAUAUUGUGAUGGGCCACAUCUACCAUAAGAGACGGCAGCUCCCCAGUGCUCUGUUCCAGGUCCUAAGAGGGCGCCUGCGUCCAGGAGACGGGCUGAUCCGGGGUAGCAGCAGCUACGUGAAGAGGUUUAACCGAAAGCGGGAGUGGCAAGUUCGAGGUGCCACCCACACCCGGUGCAUUUGAACAGGCCGACUUGGCACUCGUGGUCGGUCUUCACGUGGCGGGAGGCUUCUGUGAAACUGGGCCCACAGCUAGUUACCUUAUGGACCACGUGUGCAGCUCAGCUCCACAGCUGUCCCUUUUACACUAGACCCCGCAGGUCAACAGAUCACACCACUUUUGCUGUUUUUAAGUUAUUUUAAUUUAAUACAUUUCCCCCAGUGGAGACAGUUCACAAAACAUUUCUCGAAUUUAAAUAUGCAACUUUGAAUAGUAUCUAUCAUGUGUCAAGCCAGAUUUUGUAUUUAAAGCAUCGAGUUUUAAAUUCCACACACGGGAGGGUAAGCAUCUUAGUCAUUUACAUAUGAAAUGCCAUAGAGAUCAAACGCCAGCCAACUAUACAUUUCAAGGGCUAAUUCAAGCAAAACAUUAUUCAAGGUGUGUUCCUGAUGUACCAAAAUAAAAGCCCCUGUGUAUUGUCAUGCCUCCUUGCUCCCAAUAACCUGUUUUGUGCCAAACUGUCAUCGAUUCCAGCCCAUUACCUGCUGUAUCUGAUGUCAUUUUUAUGUUAAGAUCCUGUAGUAUCAUGAUUGUCUUCGGAAAGCAGUAAAUCUCGUCAUGAAAUCAGAAA